CUCUGACCGCCCGCUUGUCAUCAACGACACCGCCGCUGACACUCAUCACCGAGCAGCUCAGAUAUAUAGAUUAGGAUGAACAGUUGCUGAGAGAAGCACGGAACCCGAAAAAGGGCGACACCGAAGAGGGACCGAGCCGGAGGUUUAAAAAAAAAAGAAAAAACGUUAGCUGCGCCGUUUAACGUUCACGUUACUCGGGGAGUUGCGAUGGUCCAGUCAACGGAUAUUUUCUUAGCCUUGCUUCUUGUGGGCUGUGCAGUUUCACUGGAAGUGCAGAUCACACCAACUCACGGUGAGAUUAGUCUGGGAGAGUCCAAAUUCUUUGUGUGCGAAGUUGUAGGCGUUGCCAAGCACAUAGACUGGUUUGGACCAACUGGGGACAGGAUAGAACCGAAUAGACCAGACAUAACAGUAACCCGUAACGAUGAGUCAUCUUCCACCCUCACUCUGUACAAAGCUGGGGCUGAUAAUGCGGGGACAUACAAAUGUGUCGCUACCAGUGGAGACCAGCAAGGGGAGUCAACUGUCAAAGUGAAAAUCUUCCAAAAAAUUACCUUCACAAAUGCACCCUCACCCCAAGAGUUUACUGAAGGGGACAAUGCCAACAUCAUUUGUGAUGUCGUCAGCUCACCUCUACCCACCGUCCUCUGGAAAUAUAAAGGCACGAAAAUACAGAUGGAAAAAGAUGUUCGGUUUAGGGUACUGAGCAACAAUCACCUUCAGAUUCGUGGCAUAAAGAAGACAGAUGAGGGCUUGUAUACUUGCGAGGGUCGCCUCAUGGCCCGCGGCGAGAUUGAUCUGCGUGUCAUCAAGGUCGUUGUGAAUGUGCUCCCGACCAUCAGGAUAUGGCAGUCAGAGGUAAAUGCCACAGCAGAUGUUGGGCAGCCCACCAUGUUGACUUGUGCUGUUGAUGGCUAUCCUGAACCCAUGGUGACGUGGACAAGGAAUGAAGUGGACCUCGAGGCAGGAGAGAAGUACAGUUUUAAUGAAGAUGGCUCAGAAAUGACGAUAAUGGAUGUUACCAAACUGGAUGAGGGAGAAUACACCUGCAUUGCCAAGAACAAGGCUGGGGAAGCAGAGCAGGAACUCAGUCUGAGAGUGUUCGUCAAACCCAAGAUCACAUACAUCGUAAACCAGAGCACUUCAGAGAUGGAGGAGCAGGUAACUCUAACUUGUGAGGCAUCAGGAGAUCCGACUCCCACCAUCAGCUGGAGCUACGGCGAUCACGUGUUCACUGAGGGAGAGCAGGCGUCAUGGACUCGGCCUGAACAACACAAGAGCCUGGAUGGAAAUGUAGUGGUGAGGAGUGAUGCUCGUGUGUCCUCCCUCACUCUGAAGUAUGUCAAGUAUACAGACGCUGGUCAAUACAUCUGCACAGCACGCAGCGCCAUUGGAGAGGAUUAUCAAACCGCAUAUCUGGAGGUCCGCUACGCCCCCAAGAUCCACGGUACAGUGGCUGUAUAUACCUGGGAGGGAAAUCCUGUCAAUAUAAGCUGUGAGGUCAAGGCUUUUCCCAGUGAUGUGUCUAUAGUGUGGCUGAGAGAUGGACUGCAGCUCCCCAACUCAAACACCACCAACAUUAAGAUCUUCAGAACUCCCUCCGCCAGCUACCUGCAGAUAACCCCAGAGUCUGAAAAUGACUUUGGAAGCUAUAACUGUACCGCUUCAAAUGAGAUGGGCACAGAGUCCAAGGAGUUCCUGCUCAUUCAGGCUGAGGUUCCGUCACCUCCAUCUAUCGAUGAGGUGAGGCCCUUCUCCACCACAGCACAGAUCCUGUUUGAGGAGCCUGAUUCUACUGGAGGCGUUCCUGUCCUGAAAUACAGAGCUGAGUGGAGGAUGCGCGGCAGGGGCGGCUGGAUGCACAGAGUCUUCGAGGUCCAAGAUGGCUCCAUCGGCGAGGUGACAAUCCAAGGCCUGAAGCCGGAGACAGGCUACGAAGUGAAGAUGUCAGCCAUCAACGGCAAGGGUGAAGGUGAAAGCAGUCCUGCUGAGUUCUUCAAGACGGAGCCUGUUCGGAAUCCCAAUCCUCCUAAACUCGAAGGGGUUCUUCACCCUAAAGGCAACUCCCUCAAAGUCAGCUGGAUCAAGCAGGACGAUGGCGGCUCUCCCAUCCUACAUUAUCUUGUUCGUUACAAACCAAUACGAGCGUCAGAUUGGAAACCAGAAAUCCGGCUUCCCAGUGGCAGCGACUACGUGUUUCUCAGCGGGCUGGAGUGGGACACAGAGUACGAUGUCUACGUGGUGGCAGAGAAUCAGAAGGGCAAGUCCCAGCCAGCAACCAUGUCCUUCAGGACGUCCUCGCAGCCAGAAGCCAUCCCAGCCACUCAGGGCUGCUCAUCUGUGACAUGCACUUUGGUAUCACUCAUCUUGUCCCUCAUCACUGUGCUCCUGCUCUCAUAGUUUUCAUGGGGAAUUCACGUAACUGUAGAGGAGAGCUUGCCUUUUCUCCGGCCUGGCUGUCUCUCUGGACGCUUUCACUCCUUAAAACAGACUUUGUCCCUGACAGAUGUGUCUCUGUUAUGGGUGAGAAAAGGGUGCCGUGUUGCUUCAGAAGAGACCAGACAGACGCACUGAACCAAAGGCAGUGGAAAUCCUCCGCCUCCCACAGAUUCACUCUGCUCAGCAUUAGCACAGCUAGUCAUCGGCACUAGACAACAGAGAGGAGCGCCAGUUUACAGUAGAAUUGAUAUUAGAUGAUUUUUUAAAAACAUAGCACUUAGAACAGAGUGAAGGCUGAGUGCUGGACCUGUCCGUUUACAUAAACACUGUAUCAUAUUCUUUAAUGGCUCACAAAAUUAUGCAUAUGUGCUGUAAAGGUUUGUAACAUUAACGUUUACAUUAUCGAGCAGAGAAAGACUUAACUGAAAAACAAAUGUUUGUAAUGUUUAUAUCGGCACAGGUUGACAACCUAUAUACAGAAUUAUCAUACGGAAACUUAUUUUUGUGCAGAUUACUAAGAAAAAUGUCCAGAUAUUUCUCAUGCAUGUAAUGUCUAUCAAAUGUCUAUGAGAAUUACAUAGUUGUCUCUCUCUUUUUUUUUUUUUUUACAUUUUUAAUCGGAGGGUGCCUCACUCAGCUGCAUUUUAGUGUCGUUUACUUGUUAAUCACUGUUAUCUACAGAGUUAAAUGUGUGUAAUAUAUGUAACAGAAGAUAUUUUAGAGAGUUGUGCAGUUUUUCUGCUAUAUUUAAAAAAAAAUGGACUUUACACAAACUGUAAAGAUAAAUCACAUUUUUUUGUGAUAUCUGGAAAACGCCUGACAUUCAUUUUGUGUCCACAAAAUAUCCUGCAUGUCUCGUUAACUUGCAACACAUUGUAAGCUUUGGUUUGCUCUUCUUUCUAAUACCAAAUAAAUGGGUUGAAUAUAAAAA